UGCUGACACUGAGACACAGCUGUGAAAGCGAAACCAGUUCGGUUUCAUAGAAAACGAAACUAAACUGGAUUUCACCAACAGUAAGAAAUGCUGCAAACAGAAAGUAACUCGAUCCCGAACGCGUCGAGAUGGAUGCAAUAUUCCACCUCCUGGAGCAGCACCGGCUGCAGUCUUACUACAGCAGUUUUCUGGAGCUGGGAGUGAAAGACGACAGAGAUUUCCUCGAUGGGGUCACAGAUGAAGACCUGAGCAACAUGGGACUCAGCCAGGUGGAGAGGAACCGUUUCUCAGCCAUGAGAAACACGAUUCGCAGACUGAGAGCUCCGUCGCAGCCUGUAAAGAAGUCACUGCAGGCGUUCUGUCUGCAGUACCGGAGCCCCAAAUGUCCUGCACCAACAUGUGUCAGCGAUAUGGAUCCUGCCCAGAACACCGUUGAAGACCUGAUGUUGAGGAUCUGUCACACUGAAGGUGUUGAUCCAUCCACAGGCGUCUGUCUCUACACGGUGGACGGCAUGCCUUUGACUGAUGAUCCGUUCUUCAACACAUGGUCUUUAAAAGACAGGCACAUUGAAAACGGAGAUGUCAUCUAUGUAAUUUUUACACCAAAGGAGAACCUGGAAACAGCUCCUCAAACGUCACAACGAGACGUCUCUGAAUCCUAUGGAACUGACACAGUUCGAUGCCACGUCAUGCUCAAGGGAGACUUCGAGGUGACGGUGGACGUGGAAAGUGACACGAUAUCGAGCCUGAAGAACAAGCUCUCAAGUGAAAGUGGGAUCCCAGGACAUGUUCUUCAUUACAAAGGUGACCAUGGCAGUGGAAACACACUGGACAGCUGUGGGAUCUCAGACGGGUCGACGGUCCGCUUCUCGCUGUCCUCGUUCUCUGAGGAGGUUCCAGACCACAACGUGUUCUUCACCGAUGAUGUUGUGCCCUCAGUGCAACAAACCCCCAAAGGAAUCAGUGUCUUCUUGUCUUCACUUUACAUCAUUAAAAACAAGGCUCCUGGAGUUGCAUAUAAGAAUCUGAUUGGUUACAUUCGCAAACUGACUGGAUGUCACCCAUUGGCCCAAAGUUUGCAUCAGUUACUCCUGAGGAACGAGAUGAUAUCCAGGAAUCAGAAGAUUGCAGUGGUUGAAGGCUUGUACCUGCUCUUCAGACAGCUUUUACCACAGCUUGGGGCAAAACGAGGAGAAAAGAUCAUCGAGGACCUCGAUGUCUUUGAGUAUUCAACGUACUGCUGGGCGUAUCUCAUGUCAGAGGCAAAGAAAGAGACGUCAGAGCAUGAGAACUACGCACCGUUUUCUCUGAGGUCUGAAGACGACGUCCGGUUCUGUGAUCCAGUCACACUACCUGGAGUACCAGGUGUCCUCGAAAGAGCGCUUGUCCUUCAGAAAAUCAAAGAUGGCGAGAGGAUUCCAAACUGCACAGAAGAGGUUUUGCGAGAAACAUCUCUCAGGAGAGCCGCCGACGUGGAGAAAAUUUUACUCAGCGUUCAUCCGUCAAUUAAAACAUAUCACCUUUGGAUUUCUCAUGACAGCGUGACGGAUCAGAACUUUCGCAUCGAAGCUGAGAAGAGUUUGGGAGACCUGGCAGAAGACAUGAAAGGUUUCCCUCAACUCAACGUGACUCCGCCGCUGCUUCUCAAGACUUUAGGCCUCGAUGACCCACACCUUGUUUUCCUGAGUGAAGACAACCUCGGUGUCUAUUUGACUAAAAGCAAGUUAACCCCUGCUGCGGCCAAGGUCUAUAAUUGUUUGGCUGGCAAAUUCCAAACCGUGGAUGUGAACAUAUUAGCAGCAAGGACUGGUGACCAAAGGGAUGGCUAUUCAUUCGUCACAACCAGGACUCCAAAAGAGGCCAUAAUGGUGCUGAUAGAUACAAGCUCAUCCAUGACAGAGAAUUGCUAUGGAGGAGUGGAAAUACAGAAAAUCCAUGCUGUGAAAGAGCUUUUUGACAACUUUGCAACCCGGACCAUGGCUUAUGAUUUUCAUCAUGUCAUUGGCCUUGUGAAGUUUGACUCUACAGUGAAAACUCUCCACACGUUCACAGAAACACUCGAAAAGUUCAAGGAACACGUGCACACCCUGAAGGCAGCGGGAAAAACUAAGCUGUAUGAUGCUCUUCAACAUGCGAUGCUUGAGCUGGAAAAAGUCAAGAAGUUUCCAGACUGCAAACGUCGCAUUCUUUGUCUCACAGAUGGACAAGAUGUCGGAUCCUCAAGCAAGCCUGACGUGGUUACUGCCAACCUGAUCAGAUCCAACAUCAUUGUGGAUUCGAUCAUUCUUGGAAAAGCGACGGAGAACAGCUCUCAGCUGAAACUGCCCAGAGUGUUGGUCAGCAAAACUUCCUGUACUCUGCGUGGAAUCAGCAAUGCAACAGGGGGUUGCUGUUUCAGACCAGAGACUAGCAAAGAUGGUCUGAAGCUUUUUGAGAUCGAGACCGUUCUCUCUUUGGAGAUGAGGAAACCCAAGAACAAGGCUGACCCGUCGACCAUCACUACAAGACGUUUGGAAGAGAUCUCUGUUGCCCACGGGUAUGAUGAAUUUCCAGAGGCUGUCCUGCCAAGCCAGAUGGACGGUAAAGUGACCGUGACAGCGAGCGCUCUGAAAAAGAAGAUGCGGGAUGCCAAAGUUGGGCAGUUGAUGGAAAAGGACAAACGUAUUCUGGAGGAGCUGAGGAGCCUGCACUGUAACCCACAUCCCUACUUUAGCAUCUUUCCAUCGGAGGCUGACUUCACAUUCUGGAAGAUUCUCAUGGAAGGACCACCUGACACACCUUACGAGAAAGGAAUGUUCGAGCUGUUCUGCCAGUUUGGUCCUGACUACCCGGUGAAGCCUCCGCUUGUUCGCUUUGUCACACCUGUGUACCACUGUAAUAUUAACAACGUGGGGCGCAUCUGCCACAACAUAUUUGACCGGAACUACAAUGCCCAAGUCACCAUGAGAGAUAUCCUCAAUGCGAUAUAUGGACUGCUCAUCAUCCCCGAGCCUGAAGACCCAUUGGACAGCAUUCUGGCCGAGGAAUUCCUGACCAGCCGCGAGGAGUACGAACAGGAGGCCAAAAAACGCACGGCGGAAACUGCCACGCAGUCAUGGGACGACAUGGAGAAGAAAUUGGUGGAUCCUGGGAAGCAGCUUGUGCCCCCACAUCUGAUCUGCCCCCUCACCAACAAGAUGUUCGUUGAUCCAGUCGUCACAGCCAGCGGGAGAGUGUAUGAACGGAAGGCCAUUGAAAAGCACCUCAAAUCAGACAAACACGAUCCAAAGGGUGACCCAGAAGAACUGCUCAGCGAAGCUGAUCUUAAACCAGCCAACGAAAUGAGGAAGAUGGUGACGGAUUACCGCUCGAGACAAAUUCAGGAGAAGAUGUAGAAAGUUGGAGCUGCAGCCGUGGGGUUUGACAUCACGCCGUGCUGGGAAACAUAAGCCGCUGAACUGAAGUUCAUGUUGUUCAAUUAUCAUAUAUCUUAUAUUAUCAUAUCUUAUAUGUUUAUGUUUAUCAUUUUUAUAUGUUUGUGCAUUGAGAAUCGUUCACGUAAUCAUUUAUUUUACUCACCACAUACUUUGAGUUCUACACCAGGAGACUACAGUUAGAACAAACUCCUUCGACUCAUGAAUGACUGAUGUAGAACAUCAACACUGCAAGAGCUCUUCUCCAAAACGUCGGCUCAAAUAAGCUUCAGUACUUUAGAGGUAAAAUCCAGCCUAAAACACAAUGAAACGUUCUUUGUCUAAUAUUAUUUUAAUGACUUCACAUUCUGGUCAGAACAGGGAUGCCUCACCACACCAAAAAUCACAGGAUUUAAAUCUGCUGUUUCUGUCAAAUUGACGAAAAGUUCCUUUAAUACAAUGUAAUGUUUUCUGUCAGAAAUGUCUUCAAACAGCAAUAAACAGGCCAGCAUUUAAUAUUAUAUCAAUAUUAAUAAAUGAGAAGCACACAAAGUAGUUUUUUAUCUGUAACUCAGUGUUCACGUCUGCUGUCAUGUCAGUAUACCUGUAAUGUGUAAUGAGGCGAUUACUCAUUGAUGAUUGAUGAUGAUGGUGAUGCUUCACUGGGGGUACAGAUAUUUUUAGUUAGAAUCUCUGCUAUGAAAUCAAGCACAAAUUCUGUAUUUCUGCUCUCAGUAUGUUCUGUUGAGUUUUAGUUGUUCAGUUUUCAGCGCUGCUGAAUCUGGUCCAGGUGCUGCUGGGUACAAAAAAAACAGCAAGCUUUGUUUGCUUAUUAUGUUUCCUGCUUAUGAGAUAAAAAUGCUUAUUGUGAAAUAAAAGUAAA